GGGGAGGGGGGAUGUUCCUUUUAUAGGACUGUUCUUUGGGAAUGUGAAGGUGCUGAAAUAACAGACGUGACUGAGGAUUGGGGUAGUCAUUCGCACGGCCAGGCUGACUUCACUUGUGUUCAGCUCUGGCUUGUGACACUUGCAAGGAUGGAGAACGUAGAAGUGUUUAACUCUGAAGGCAAAGGACGGGGUCUCAAAGCCUCAAGGGAAUUUUGGGCUGGAGAUGUCAUCUUUGCAGAGCCGGCUUAUGCUGCUGUAGUGUUUGACAACCUUACACAUUGUGUGUGCCAUUCAUGCUUCAAGAGGCAAGAAAAGCUCCAACGUUGUGGACAAUGUAAAUUUGCUCAUUACUGCGACCGCACCUGUCAGAAGGACUCCUGGGUAAACCACAAACAUGAAUGUGCAGCCAUCAAGAAACUUGGCAAAGCUCCUAAUGACAACAUCAGGCUGGCGGCUAGGAUCCUGUGGAGAAUAGAGAGAGAAGGAGGUGGUCUGACAGAAGGAUGCUUAGUCUCCGUUGAUGACCUACAAAACCACAUUGACGACUUUGAUUCGGUGGAGAAGGAUGGACUGAUGGAAGAUGUUCAGACGUUUCUCGAUUAUUGGCGCAGCCCGAGUAAACAGUAUGGCAUGCAGUAUAUCUCACACAUCUUUGGAGUGAUAAGCUGUAACGGAUUUACUUUAAGUGAUCAAAGAGGCCUUCAAGCUGUUGGGGUUGGAAUAUUCCCAAAUCUCUGCCUCGUUAACCAUAACUGCUGGCCAAACUGCACUGUGAUAUUCAACAAUGGCAAUCAUGAGGCUGUUAAAUCAAUGUAUCAUACACAGAUGAGAAUUGAGCUUCGUUCCCUUGGAAAGAUCAACAAAGGAGAGGAGCUUAGCGUCUCCUAUGUCGACUUCCUAAAUCUCAGUGAAGAGAGAAGGAAACAGCUGAAGAAACAGUACUAUUUUGACUGCACUUGUGAACAUUGCACUAAAGGGACAAAGGAUGAUCUGUUACUGGCUGCCAAAGAUGGGGAGAAUAAGCCUGCAGAAAAUGUGGUGAAAGAAGUCAUACAAUUCUCAAAAAGUACCCUGGAGAAGAUAGACAAAGCUCGGGCUGAAGGAGCUUACCAUGAGGUGGUGAAGCUUUGUCGUGAAUGUCUCAAGAGGCAGGAACCUGUCUUAGCAGACACCAAUAUUUACAUGCUGCAAAUCCUGAGCAUAGCCUCUGAAGUACUGUCCUAUCUCCAGAUGUUUGAGGAAGCUGCCGAGAACGCCAAGAUGAAGGUGGAUGGUUACUUGAAAAUAUACCAUCCAAACAAUGCCCAGCUUGGGAUGGCGAUAAUGAGGGCUGGAGUCACACACUGGCAUGCCGGACUCAUUGAAGUUGGUCACGGGAUGAUCUGUAAAGCUUUUGCUGUCCUCUUAAUUACUCAUGGACCUUCUCAUCCUAUUACCAAAGAUCUGGAGGCGAUGCGUGCACAGACAGAGAUGGAGCUGAGGAUGUUCCAGGAGAAUGAAUUUGUCUAUUACAAGAUGAGAGAAGCCGCUCUCUCCAACAAACCCUUUCAAGUUAUGGAAGAGCCAAAUAACGAGGCCGCAACAAACAUCUUCCAUAAGAAACCAUAGACAGGCAUGAUAGCCUCAUUCCUCCAAUCCUUCAAUCCACCCCAACCAGAGCCCAGUAAUUUCAGUCCCCAGUGAAGAAUGUAUCACAAUGAGAAGAUAUAUAUUUAUAAUGGCUCGAUCUGUUGGAAGUUUUAUGAUAUAUCUGAAGCCAAUGUCUGUAAAUGAUAAAUUGACGUAUUCAUCUCUGAAUAAAAACUGUGUGUAUA